GUUUUGCAUAUCGUUGGUGUGGAAAGCCUUGAACGCAAUGCCGGGAGGAAUGUCUGUGGAGGUGAGAUAUAACUAUUGAAAAUGCAAUUUGCUAGGCAAUGUAACGAGCCACUAUUCAACCCAGUCAAGAUAAAGUGUUUUUUCAAAUAAAAUGCUCUACACAUAUUGUGUAGCCAGCGCGAUCUUGCCGCUAAAAUUAAAGUGACAGGUGUUAUAACGACCCCCGGGGAACUUUCUUAAAUUUAUACUGGGGAGGUGACCUGCUGAGUCGCGAUCAUUAAGACUCUGGAAUCUAAUAAUCCGGCUCCUAUCUGAAUUUAUUCCAGAAAAGAAAAGAAAAAAAAUAAAUGAAUCUGCGACCCGGCCUGUUCCAGUCAAUAGUUGGGAAACCUGUUUCAGACACUAAGCAAAUAUAAGUAUAUUUAAAAUACACUCCAGGGCCCAGGUGGGGCCUAGGUUGUGGUCGAGUGGACCGCCAAACUUUCAAGGCUCCAACCUACCUGCCUCCUUUUCGGUGAAAUUUUGCAUUAUUUACAGAAUUCUCAGUAAAUUGAAUAGUAUCUUUAUCGCUGUCAAUUGUCGUGGUCCACCCUUCCAGAAUUUUCUGGAUCUUGUAGAAGUAAAAUUAACGCUAAGACCUAUGCCGGAAAGAAACCUCUGCUCGUAGUGGUUACCCCCCACAACUCUUUUUUUAAGGCGCGUUUGCAGCCAGUCACAUUGGUGGCACACAAGGACCAUUACUACUAACUAACAGGGUAAACAAUCUCACAAAAGCACAUUCACAAAUGUACCUUCGACUAAUAAUAUUGCGCCAUGAACGUCAUACUUUUCAAAUUGAGUCACAAUAUACUAGUAAGUAAAAUGGAAGAAAUGAAAAAAAAAAUCAACAAACAACCACAAAAAUACAAAGCAAAACAAACCUAAAAACAGAGGAAAAAGAACGUGUUGCUGACGAACUGACUGACCAAAUGAAGCACUUUUUAAUUUACGUUAUAUUUAUUUUAAGGAACCAAGUCAAAGCGCCUGUUAUCAUGGACGGAAGACUAGGGUGUUCUGUGUUUCGUACCAUGUGGUUUUGAGUGCGUUGACUCUAACCAGUAUUGGCUUGUCGAGUUAUGCGUUACUUAGAUCGGGAAAUGGGGCUACCGACGGCAGUCCGCAGAAACCCCACCCAGUUGACGAGAACACCAAUUAUCGAAUGUGGAGCCUUGUUGGCAUGUCAAACGACGGUUUAAUGGUGCUAAACCCAUCUGGCAGUAAUUUUUAUUGCAACGGUUCUUUCAGUAGCAGCGGCAGUAAGUUUCCUAUUUUUAAAUAGAUUUUUCCCUUUUACGAGGCCUCCUGGAAGUAAAUGUAUUGUAUCAGAUUGUAUUAACUUAUACCGGUUCACAGUCUGCAUUUUUCGCAUCCCAAGUUUCACUUCAUUGGCUCUGUGCUAGGGCUAAGUCCUUUAUAGUCCUUAUAUCAAUACAGCAUGUGUCCGUGAGGUUCAGUUUUUCGUAGAGCCCUCUGACACCCGGAUAAUACGGCCACUAUGGCAUGUCUCCUUUGUGUCCGCGUACUUACCCGGUAUCGCUGCUACUUGGUUCAAGGCUUCCUGACUCUCUUUACUUCUUUUCUACCUUUUUCUUGCUUUAAAAUUUAAAAUAAGGUUUGCUCAGUGUGCAGAGAUCUUGAAGUAUCGGACUUCCUUUUAGCUAUGAAGCCUAGACCCUGGCAAAUAAAAAUCCGAAAUUAUCAACAAUAUAAGCAAGCUACACUAAAAUAGUAUCAACGUUCCCUUUCCAGCAUUUGCUUACAUGAAUAAGUUAUGUUUUGUCCCUUUCAUCAAGGUGGAAAGAUCCCCGAUCCCUUCUCUGCAUCUUAUUUCCUGUUUCAAAUAACUUUAUGUUUUGUUCUGUUGUAUGAAGGUGGACAGGAUUUAUCGACUGUUACCACAAGUGCGAUUAAUAUUAAUCAGAACGAUGUCAGUCUUCUCUUCAACAACGGCAGACAAAAAUACGUCCUAACUGUAAACACAGCACCACAGAACAACGUCGUAGCUUCGGUAAAAUAUUUUAUCAUCAUUAAUUAAAUGUCUCCCUGAGGUGCUUACAAUUGUUUAAUGUUGCUUUACAGAAUUCACUAUUGUCUCUGACCGGAAGUAAUCACAGUCCAAAUAUCGUCGUGUAUUUGUUUCAAAAUAAAGUGAUGUUUCCAGUCUAAAGAUUAUGCUAACUUAUGACGAACCUCUAAUAAUGAGCAGCCAACCUGCAUUAAGCGCGGCCACUUGCCGGUACCCCGAGGGUGGCUGCUUAAUGCAAAAGGUUCAACGAGGGGGCCAUGGAGCCCGGGGUUGACGGUAUUGCUGUAUUGAGUUUUUUUGUUUUUGUUUUGUUUUUCUCUUUUUUUCCGAGCCGUUUUCCGCUAAUUUUGAUUUUAAAGAUUUCAAUGUGCGGCAUCUAGCCCUGCGGUCUGCGGUUUUUCAUCCUUUUGGCUAACUGUAUGCGGUAAAAGAAGAUUCUUAACAUACGGUAUUUAUGUUGAAGCGUAACUCUACCAACGUUCAUUCAAACACUCGACCACACCGACAGCUCGCACUACAUGCAAACAUUUUGUGUACCCUUGCAAGCGAUGUUUAUGAACGAUGAAAACAAACGGCACGGACAAGCGAUUAAAAUUGCAAUAGAGACUACUAACAAUCAAUAAAAGAAAUAUAAUUCGGUGAAACAUCUACAGAGACAACAGUUUUCAUUCACGAAGACAAGAAUUAAAGUGUCUCUAAAAAUCCUGAGUCUUUAUUUAAGCUUAAAGUUUAACCUUAAGUUUAAGUUUUACUUUUAGCCGGCCUCCUGGUGCUUGCUUUUUUCAAAGAUGAACUCGAAGCAAGAAAAUCGCGCAAAGUUUUCUUUCUACAGCCAAAAUUAAUGACGACAUAUUGCUAUUCCUAUAUUAUCAUACUUGCCGCAUAAACUGUGCUCGACUUUAUGAAAUUAGAGGUUAAAAAAAACAUCAAAUAUAAUAAUUACUCAGGCUCACCAUUUAAGAUUCAGUUCCUGAAAGAUAUCAAGGAAGGCCACAGUGUCUCGAGGCUUUUAAACUCUCUUACGCAUUAAGCAAGACGAAAGCGAUGCCAUUCGAAAUCGGAUUACCGACUUUGACAAGCGAAGCAUUUCCCAACCAAAAACCCAAUAAACAAACCAGCCAUGAAGAACAGAAGACUCUUGACAGCAGAUGUAUUUCAUUUUGUACAUCCAGUAGAAAAAGACAGCUAAAAACAUUACAAGUUGGCAGAAAAAAAUCUGUCAGCUUCAGCUGUCAAAGUAAACAACUUUCAAGAUGCUGCAUAAAUUUUCCGCAGGAACUCACCAGUCAAAUUUUGACCAAGAACAUAAAAAUUGGACGUAGAACGUGACAAACACGUGGCUAUGGUGAGAAAAGGUCUUCCCCGCCUGUAUUUUUUAAAAAACUGGCUGAAUUUUCGCGUCCGAGGUCAGUUUGAAAUCAAAAUCUUAACAGUGCAGGGCCAUAGUGACAUAAACCAGGAGCAUAAGCACAACAUAUGAAUCAUUGGAAAAAAUAAACUUAAGCCUGCGAUCAUCUGAAACUGGUAAUUUGUCAGCGGAUAACUUCAAAAAUACUCGACCUCGAUGGGUCGACACUUCAGACCGCCGUACGGUCAGGUGAUACUGGUCAGCGGAUACCCUGUUUUGACAGCUGCCAAUUAAUCAGAACAUUGGUGUGCAAUUAGUUUUCUCUUGGGCUCCCAAACUAGCUAGAAAGUGUGAAAGUAAACAUUGGUUUCCCUGUGGUGCGGACGGACGGUCACUCGCUCGCUCGGUGUACCGUCACGUGAUUACCAAAUUUUCUGCGAUGGGUAGAUUUACUUAGCCAUGGGGCUACGCACACGUGCGGAGCUUCGCGCCGCGGGUGGAGCUCCGCUGUGAAAACCAUGUAGACAUAUUAAAUUCUGCAAACAGAAUACCUCAUUAUGCUGAUCGUACUCAGUGUGAAAAUUAAAUUUUGCAAGACAUCAACAAGACACCAAAAGAACCCAAAACAGAGCAGGAUUGUAGCCAUGCACAGCUGUUUCGCUAAUAUCAUAUUACUAUUAUUCAUAAGAACAAAAGGCUCCAAAAGGAGUCGGGGGUUUGCAGGUUUAAUAUCUUUAGCGCACAGAGACUUUUCAAGUGAUUCCGUUAGCUAAUUUAAAGCAUGUACAGUAUUAAUUAUAAGCUUUCUCUGCAUAAAUUUCAGCUAUAUGUAUCUGGACCAUAUCCUCCCAACUCUCGCUUUACCUUCGAUUACUACUGGAGUUACACCUUUUUCCGCUACUCGUUGGACAACACAAAGUUCUUGGGAUGUGAUAGCACCGGCAUGGUUACGUUAGUGGAUGGAAUGCAGUUUACUCAGUAUCCAAACCCUCAAGCGCUGUUUAUCCUCAACGAAAUUUAA